CCGGGGCACGAGUGACCAGGCACAGUCACAGCUGCUGCCUCACACCCCCGCCCCUCCCCGCAAGUCUCCGGCUCCCACUGCCGCUGCGCCUCGCGGUGACUCGGUCCCCGGCGCAGCAGCUGCGCCCAGCGCGCCCACGGUGUGGCAGGUUCCAGCCCGGCUCGGACCCGCCGUUGGGCUCAGCCCCGCGCCCCGCCGCGCCGCCGUCAGCCCCGAGAAGUGGCAGCUGCACGGAAACUCGGUGGCUGGAGCCCGCGGGACUGGGCAUGCUCAGAAGCCAGGGCUGGCUUGGGGCUCAAGUAGGAAGCUUGUGCACUCAGAAGGCAGCGGCGACUUUGGGGAAAGUUGAACGGAGAGGGGAGGAAGCCCCGAGACGCGGAGCGGCGGCAGGAAGGAGCCCCGGCAGCCCGGAGGAGCAUGGGCACCCUGCGGGAUUUACAGUAUGCACUCCAGGAGAAGAUCGAGGAGCUGAGGCAAAGGGAUGCUCUCAUCGACGAGCUCGAGCUGGAGUUGGAUCAGAAGGACGAACUGAUCCAGAAGCUGCAGAACGAGCUGGACAAGUACCGCUCGGUGAUCCGGCCAGCCACCCAGCAGGCGCAGAAGCAGAGCGCGAGCACCUUGCAGGGCGAGCCACGCACCAAGCGGCAGGCGAUCUCCGCUGAGCCCACGGCUUUCGACAUCCAGGAUCUCAGCCAUGUGACCCUGCCCUUCUACCCCAAGAGCCCACAAUCCAAGGAUCUCAUAAAGGAAGCCAUCCUUGAUAAUGACUUCAUGAAGAACUUGGAGCUGUCACAAAUACAGGAGAUUGUGGAUUGUAUGUACCCGGUGGAGUAUGGCAAAGACAGUUGCAUCAUCAAAGAAGGAGAUGUGGGGUCACUGGUGUAUGUCAUGGAAGAUGGCAAGGUUGAAGUUACAAAGGAAGGUGUGAAGCUGUGUACUAUGGGCCCGGGCAAAGUGUUUGGGGAGUUGGCUAUUCUUUACAACUGUACUCGGACAGCGACCGUCAAGACUCUGGUAAACGUGAAACUCUGGGCCAUUGAUCGACAAUGCUUUCAAACAAUCAUGAUGAGGACAGGACUCAUCAAGCAUACCGAGUAUAUGGAAUUUUUGAAAAGUGUUCCAACAUUCCAGAGCCUUCCUGAAGAGAUCCUCAGUAAACUUGCUGACGUCCUUGAAGAGACUCACUAUGAAAACGGGGAGUAUAUCAUCAGGCAAGGUGCAAGAGGAGAUACCUUCUUUAUCAUCAGCAAAGGAAAGGUGAAUGUUACUCGUGAGGACUCACCAAGUGAAGAUCCAGUCUUCCUUAGAACUUUAGGGAAAGGAGAUUGGUUUGGAGAGAAAGCUUUGCAGGGGGAGGAUGUGAGAACAGCAAAUGUAAUUGCUGCAGAAGCUGUAACCUGCCUAGUGAUCGACCGAGACUCAUUCAAGCAUUUGAUUGGAGGGUUGGAUGAUGUUUCUAAUAAGGCAUAUGAAGAUGCAGAAGCUAAAGCAAAAUAUGAAGCUGAAGCUGCUUUCUUCGCCAACUUGAAGCUGUCUGAUUUUAACAUCAUUGACACCCUUGGAGUCGGAGGUUUUGGCCGAGUAGAGCUGGUCCAGUUGAAAAGUGAAGAAACCAAAACCUUUGCGAUGAAGAUUCUCAAGAAACGCCACAUCGUGGAUACAAGACAGCAGGAGCACAUUCGCUCGGAGAAGCAGAUCAUGCAAGGAGCUCACUCUGAUUUCAUAGUGAGACUAUACAGAACGUUUAAGGACAGCAAAUACUUGUAUAUGUUGAUGGAGGCUUGUCUAGGUGGAGAACUCUGGACCAUUCUCAGGGAUAGAGGUUCAUUUGAAGAUUCUACAACCAGAUUUUACACUGCAUGUGUGGUAGAAGCUUUUGCCUAUCUGCAUUCCAAAGGAAUAAUUUACAGGGACCUCAAACCAGAAAAUCUCAUCCUAGAUCACCGAGGCUAUGCCAAAUUGGUGGAUUUUGGGUUUGCAAAGAAAAUAGGAUUUGGAAAGAAAACAUGGACUUUUUGUGGGACUCCAGAGUAUGUAGCCCCAGAGAUCAUCCUGAACAAAGGUCAUGACAUUUCAGCUGACUAUUGGUCUUUGGGAAUUCUAAUGUAUGAACUUCUGACUGGCAGCCCACCUUUCUCAGGCCCAGAUCCUAUGAAAACCUAUAACAUUAUAUUACGAGGAAUUGACAUGAUAGAAUUUCCAAAGAAGAUAGCAAAAAAUGCUGCUAAUUUAAUUAAAAAACUAUGCAGGGACAAUCCAUCAGAGAGAUUAGGCAAUUUGAAAAAUGGAGUGAAAGACAUUCAAAAGCACAAAUGGUUUGAAGGCUUUAACUGGGAAGGCUUAAGAAAAGGUACCUUGACACCACCUAUCAUACCAAGUGUUGCAUCACCCACGGACACAAGCAAUUUUGACAGUUUCCCUGAGGAUAAUGAUGAACCACCACCUGAUGACAACUCAGGAUGGGACAUAGACUUUUAAUGUAUUUCUCUUACCUGCUUCUGCCUUGCUGAAGACAGCUUUUUCUGAGACAGCUGCCAGCAAACCUGAAGGAAAGAGAGAAGAUUAGUGCUCGGGGUCACCAUGAUGCCUUUGAUCGAUGCUGCUCCAGUAACUACAGUGGCAUUAGGACUUAUUGCUUUGAUGACAAUAGUGCUCUUUACAUGUUUUCUGUUUGAACCUAAAAAUAGCAGUUGACAUGGUGGUCCUGAAGCAAAGUCUUUCACCAGUAAAGAGAUGUUUUCUAUUGUUGCAAUGACCUUGCUUUGCUCUGAUUAUAAUUUGAAAGGCUAUAAGAAACACUUCAAUCUAGUAAAAGUCUGUACCUUGCUAGAAUUAUCAAGAAGAUUAAAAAAUAAUAUAUGAGGUAUGAUCGAUUACUAUGGUACAAAAAUUGGGCUUUUCCCUUUCUCUGCGGGUCAUAGGAUCUAGAACUGAAAGCCAGUGUGAAUGCGAUACAAAGAGGACCACACAUCUGUUGGUCACAAAGUUCAUGUCAAAACAGUGCUAGAAGUUUCCUGACUUUAUUUCCCAGCAGUGCUGAUGACGAGACUGAAUGUUACCUUUCCUUUCUGACAGACUUUACAAAUUGGUAUGAUCAAAGCACAACUACUAUGGAUUCUGUCGAGAACAUCCAUAGCAGGUAUAUAUGCGUUUUAGCAGAGGAUUGACAAAACCAACACGCAUGACAUUUGUUUGGGUUUUUUUGUGUUUGUUUUCCCCCCUGUUGUUGUUGUUCUUAAAAAGGCAUGACAGAAUGAGGAACAAAGCAAUUCACAAAUCAUUUCAUAUUUUUUUAAAAAAAUAUUGCGCUUCAAAAGAUGGUCUUGGAAAUAAAUGACUAGCAGCCAAUUGGUUUUUUUUUUUUUCAUGAUCAAACACACCCUCAAAAUGGGGUUUAAAAUGUUCACUUUUAUAAAAACUGAACCCUUAGGGUAGGGGUGGGGAGGGACUGAGAUCCAUCCAAAAAAAUAAAAUACUAUAGGUGCUAUGUAUAUUUUUCAUCUGUAAAUGUCAGUGUCGGAACAGACAAUACAAAUUCUAAUCAUUACAUGUAUAGCCAGACUCAAGCAUUUUCACUAAAUUUAUUAAAGCAAAUUCCUGUCAGAUUUCACUUAUACAACAUAGUCUAGGAUUGAGAGUGAGGGAUAAUUAGAAUCCUAUUUGAAUUAGUUUAUUGUCUUAGGCCUGAACCAAAAGAUAGUAUUUUACAAAAAAGAAAGCACAAAAUCAUUAAGAUUCAGAUGAGAAACCUAAUUUAUGUAAGGUAAAAAGGAAAGACAUCAGACUAGGGGUUGAUGGCUUCCAUUAAUGAGCUUGUUAAAGUAGGAAGAACACAGAAAAGAAAACGAGAAGUUGAUUUCUUUAAAUAAUUUUUAGAUAAAUACAAAAGACUCAGUUGUGAAAAAGAUUACUUAGUAAAUAUAAACUUGAAAGCAUCAUAUUUGGUUUUUGUGUGGAGAAAAGAAUAAUUAACACUGAGUUCUUUAGGUCAUCUUAUUAUUAGCUAUUGUAAGUAGCAGAGACAUUUAAAAGCUACAGUUGGAUAAAGAGUCUUAUAUGUAGGCAAAUACAUCACCUUAUGAAAUGGUAUACUGGUUUGGAAAUGUGUGUGUGUGUGUGUGAACUUGUUAAGUAGAGGGUUUUUUUCCCCAGAGUGUUUUAGAAAGUAAAAUAAAUGUAGAUACCUCUGAAAAAAAAAUGUCCACAUAGGUAAUUAUAUCUAUCCCAGAUGGCAUAUGUUUUUUGUUUGAAUUUUUCAUAUUAAACCUUUAACCUUUAUUAUAUUCCAUAAAAAGAUAAUCUAAGAAAGAUUGGAGGAUAAAAGUGCUAUAUUAUAUAGAAUUAGAAUACAUUUAAAUAAAAAAUUGAUCCUGAGCUGUUAUUGCUAUAAUUUCUUAGUUUAUCUACUUCAAAAUACCUAUUUCCUUUGACAAAUUUAAGCAAGUAGACCUAAAAUCCUAUUACGAAUGUCAUUUCUUUUAAUUGGGCUUUAAAAUGUAUAAUUUCAAUGUUAUAGCAAAUGCUCAGUGAUUUCUGUUGGAAGAGCACAUUUAGAAGAAUGCUAGAGGUCUGCUAGAAUUUUAAACUUACCUAGACAUAGUCAUUAAGAAAGUGUAUUCCUGCAACUUUUCAAAUAUCCAUUAACUCCGGGUAUUAGUAUACACUACAGAUACUGGAACAAUGGUUCAAGUCUAAGACAACCAAUAUGUGCAAGUUCAAUGGAUAAUGAAGAAAUAACAUUUUGCACCACAUAAUGGUUGAUUGUUUCUCCCACUUGUUACUGCAUCUUUGUUCAUUUCACCUGUGGCAUUGCAUUAGGAAGUUUAAAGUAAUCACCAAAGAGUAAAGGUGGACUUUAUCUUCCAAGGAUUACAAAGAGCAAACCUUCAUCUAACUUCAGCAUUGAAUUUUAAGGAUUUAAAUCUUGUCUUAAUGAAAACACUAGGGCUAAAAUUCAUGGUCAGCUAUAUAAAAUGCAUCUCACUUUCUUUCUGAUUUUACAUACCUGCUCUAUUUUCUUACACAAAAGAACAACUAGAUGAGUUAGUAUAGUGCCAACUUGUUUGAUUUGUUAAUUGAUUUUCUUGUUAAUACUUCAAGUUUGGGAAAUAAGGGCUUUCUGUGUGUCUUGAUUCACAGAAAUACUGAAAACUGCCAAGGAAAGGAACAUCAUACUUAUUUUAGAUUGAAUGUUAGUGGAAUAAUUUCUAAAAAAAAAUCUAUAAAUGAUUUUUGGUUUUACCUGCUUUAUUAAUAUAUGAAUCAGAUCCAUGUGGCAUUUAGUACAAAUUAAUUUUAUUAUAUUCUUUAGAAGUAUUUACUUAUGAUCAUGGAAUAUGCAUGUGAAUCACACAUGUAUACUAAUAUAUAGACUCAACUAUUGGAUUUUUCUGAUUUUUAAAUAUUUGAAUUGAUAGUGUACUUUAAGAAGUUUACUAUCAUUUUGAAAAGGAAGGAUUAUUUGAACUGAUUUCAUACGGUAGAUGUGAUCUGUGCAUUAUCCAUAACAAUGUUUCUUUCACAAUAGGACCACAGACAAAUAUUUAUGUAAAUAGAUAUUUUUGUGUGAUAUUUUAUGGUACAUAGACAUUUUUUAGUGUUUCACAGCAUUAUUAUUUCAUUUUAUUUGUAUUGAAAUAUUUAGGUCCAAGUAGACUUGAAUUAAUGUCAUAAAUGUCAGUAUUAUGGAAAAUUAUGUCUACUGUACUGUUAUUCAUCUGUCCUUUAGUUUAGAACAUGACCUGGCUAUCUGGCAUUGUUGCAAGUGCCUUAAAUUCAUGGCAUCCUAUUAAAAAAAACAAAUUUGGUGUUAUGCUGCAUGACAAAGACAAACACACCUCAAAAUGUUGUCCUUUCUUAGCUUGCUGCGUUUUACAGUUCUUUCUGCUAACAAUUUAUAAGCCUUUAUUAUAUAAUAUUGAUGAAUUACAGAAAUGAUGAAGUUGUUCUCUUAUUUCUGUUAAAUGUACCAGAGCUGUGUAUCUGUUAAUGAGAUACAGCGUCAUUUCUGUGAAAUGUAUAAAUGUAUGUGCAGGUCAAAUUAAUAUAUGACAUACUAUCAAGUCUGUAUACAGGCAUUCCUGUUUUGCUAAACUGUGCAGAGUCUGUUUAAGAAAAAUAGUGCAGUCAAGUUCUAACAUUUCAACUUUAUCAACUACAUUGAUCACCAUCCAACUCAAAAGAAAAAAAAUGGAAAAUGACUGCUUAACUACACCUCGUAAUGAAACCAAUGAUGAAAAAGAACCUUGGUGCACCACCCAACAAAACAGGAUGCUUUCUCUCCAUUCUUGUAUAUGCAAAUCAUUAAUGAGGCAAGUCUUCAACCGACCUAGAAAGCUUAGCGUUGAAAGUGUAUUGUUAGCCCUCCUCUCUAUCUGCCCUGAAUCAACAGUGCUCUGGGACCUUCACUAUGACUCAGAGAUUUGGGCUUUAUGAGUAAAGGAAAAUUUCUUUAAGCAUCAUCUAUCAAAUUUAUUUCCAUGUAUUACGUUUUUACAACUGCUCAUUUCUUUUGUAUCCUUAGGGUUAUGGUUAUUUGGUUGUCUUCUUCCAAUCUGUUCUACAUGAAAGAGUCCUUUGUUAGUCAGAAUGCAACAACUGUCAUCAAAAUGGUCAUUGGCCACUUGCACUCUUUUGAUGUAGAUUCAAAACUUUUUCAUAAACUUAACCUGCUUUAAUUUGCUCUGUAUUUUUCCUGCAGCUGUAAUUGCCGAGUGCCUGUUGUAUACUUUAUAGAGUUGAAAUAAAAAAAAUAAUUACUUUUG